AUUUCGACUGGGCCGGUAAAGAAGGAAUUGAGUGCUAUCCUUCGUUCAUGAACUAUAAAAAUAUUAAAUGGCCACCAGGGGCUGAAUAUAGGAAGAAACUGGAUCGGAAACAUGACAUUUAUUGGUUAAAAUCGUUGAAAACUAAAUAUUUGG